GCCCAAACUUGAAUUGCCGCGAAGCGUGUUGGGUUUUCGCAACGAACGAACGGCACGACGCAUGGAGUGGGUGGCGCAGCGACCGUACCUCCACGGAGGCACGUGGGAGGUGAGCGACACCGCGGUCAGCGAGCCGCAGCAAUCGCAGCGUCUGAAAGAGCGACAACAGCAGGAGAAGGAAGAGGAUGCUGCCAGUUUAGCCCGGGAUGCGCAGGAGCACGAGCGAGAGCUGUUCCAGCAGCAACUGCAGAGCAGGAGCCACCAGCUCAUGGCUGGUGCGGAAGCAUUCCCAGUUGAACUGGAAGUCGAAGAGGAAGCAGAAGAGGUGACAGGGGACGAGCAGGCACAGCAGGCAUCCACGUCAUUAUAUGACGACGACUUUUUGCAGGCCAUACAGGACCUGAGCUUGACUGUGCACGUGCCGGAGCCGUCGGCCGCAGUACCGGAGCCCUCGUAUGACCUUCCCCUGCAAGUUUGCGAGCGUGCGCUCCAGCGGCUACGCGCCGUUCGUCCACAGCUUCAGUCGCCUUCCUCCCAGCAAGAGCUGGAUCAGACAGUCAAGAACUUGCAGGCACAAGUAGCGGCAGCUCCCAAGAUGGGGCGAGGCCAGGCGGCGGCUGCGCUCAGUCGCGUGAGUGCCGACAUUACAUCUGCUACGGAGCAGUUUGCAGCCCGCGCCCAGCAGGAGCAGGAAGCGGAGAAGCAACGCCAGUUACAGAAGCAAAAAGAGGAGGAAGAGAGGAGGAGGAAACAGCAGGAGCUGCUGGAGCAGCAGAAACGCCAGCAGCAAGAAGAGGAAAAGAAGAAAAGGGAGCAGGAGGCUUUGUUGAAGCAACAACAACAACAACAACAACAACAACAACAACAACAACAACAACAACAACAACAACAACAACAACAACAACAACAACAACAACAACAACAACAACAACAACAACAACGACAACGACAACAGCCAUCAGGGGCGCGUCUGUCUCCAACGGCAGCAGCAAAGGAGCACUACGAGAGCACAACAAAGAUUGCGUCAAAGUUCCUGCCCAUGAUGCAAGAGGCCGACAGCAACGCUGACCUUGCGUGCAUUCGCAAGGCAGUCACAGACAUCUUUAACAAACUCCAGUUCUCCCAGCAGGAGCUGCUGAAGUAUGCCGGGUUUGCGUAUCUGCUGGUGCGCAUUGCGGACGAUGCGAGCACGCCGCCGGAGCAGGUGCAGGGCCGGCGGUUACAGCAGACGGUGGCGGCACUCAAGACGGGGCAGCUGCAGGCUGCGCUACAGGGGCGCACCAUUGGCAAGAAGAAGUACAACUUCCUCCCCGUCUACAUCCUCUACUGCAUCGCCCUCAGGCUCGUGGAAAAAGCUGGGCUGGCGCGUGCAGACCCAAAGGGUGUGAGCGAUCCCGUGUACAAGAUGGCGUUCUUUACGCACGCGCUCUGGCGAAAACUCAAGGACAUCCGGCUCGAUCGUCCGCUCAAGGAAUUCGUGUUUGGCCUGUUCUUCCUCCACUUCCCGAGCCUGUCUGGCCACCUGCCCGCCAAGGCGCCUGGGCAGACCACGGGGGAAUAUUUGUCCACUACGCUCAACUACGACCAGACUGCGGGGCCAGACGCGUAUUUCCAGCGCCUGGAGUCCACAUGCCGGUGCUUUGCCGUUCUCCAGUGCAUGCAGGUCGACGGCCAGCCAAACGAGUACACAGGGGCGCACGUGUUGUGGAAGUGCUGUGCUUGCAUCAUGAACAGAAAUGUAUCGCAGGACCUCAAUUCCCUGUUCUUCCCAACAACAGCGGCCGCCCUUGUGCUGUCUGGUGGCUGGCACCUGAAGGCCGUGUACAAAGUGCAGUUCCUCAAACUCCUCCUCUUCCUCGCUGAGGACUACCUGCCCCGCACACUCGCAGCCAUCGCCUCCCUCUCAGACGACGGCAGCGGUGGCGGUGGUGGUGAUUCGUUCAGUGCCGUGCGGCGACAGGCCAACUUCUAUCUCUCGCAGGCGCGGGAAGCGCUGGAGCAAGGGCUGCCCCGCCCAGCCGCAUUUGACAUCCCGCUCACAGAGUGACGCGUGUUAGUGAUGGUGGUGGUGCUCGUUGUCGUGGUGAGGGUGGUGGUGGUGGUAGAGGCUAUUGUAGCAGAUUGGUGGUGUGGCAGUUUGCAGUUGUUGCCACUGCAGCUUGUUGUUGUGCAUGUGUUGUUGUUGUGGGAGGUCUGUGCGAUGCUUGAGAGUACAUGCGUUGUGCACGAGCUAGCACACACACUCUCUGCUUGCUGUGCUACACGUCAACCCCAAUUGCAGUUGUGCGUGCGUGUAAUAAUUGAAAUCGGGCACUGGCAGAUACCGUUUGCAUCUCGUUUGCAUUGCGUUUGUGUUCGCACGUUUACUUUGAGCGCGACACGUGUUUGCACCAGGCCAUGGUGAUGAACAAGAAAUAAAUAAGCAACCUCUUUCCA